ACUGAACGCCGUCGACGACCUGCUGAAGCUCGCCAAGCAGUUUGACUUCAACAUGUUUCGUCAGGAUGAGGAGGAGGCGGAGGACGUGCACCAGCAGAGCCUGGAGCUCCUGUCCGAGGACAUCCUGGAUUUCGAGAACGGCGUUGAGAUUGAAGUUUCUCCCUCACUCCCUGGAAGCCGUCUGCCUGCUGCGAGCGUUGUGGCGGGGACGGGCGUGCAGCUUCUUCCAGAUCAACACAUGGACGACGAUCUGGAUUUCCUCUUCGAUGGGCCGACUCAGUACGUGAGCGGGAACCUGAGCCAGGCCUCAGCUCAGUCACAGGUCAAACCUCCCAGAGAGGCUUCUGGGAAACCGUCCGUCUCGUCACGUGGCCCCACUUCAGCCGUUUCCACGCCGCACGGCAGCGGCACGUCAGCCCGCAACAGCUUCCAGGAUGGCUGGGGAGACGACGACCUGCUAAAUGACUCUUUGGUGUUAGAGAUGACGCAAAAUCCUCUGAAGUUCGCUUCUCCGAAGCUUUGCUCAACCCAGAAACCUGCCGGCCAGGCGAGAUAUCAGAGGGAAGCUGAUACCGCCGUCGGGCUCGGCCAAUCUGCCGCACCCAAAGUGGAAAAGGAAAACGUCAGGCCGAGAGCGACGUUCCUCCUGGAGCCUAAUCCUGCUUUCUCUGUAGACAGGAUCCAGAACGCACGCCGGCAGGUGGGCUACAGCUCGAAUCCCGCCGGUAGAGACGCUGUGCAGGGCGGGGCUUCGUUUCGGCAUGCCCGGCAGACCUGUUGGUCCAACUCGGUGAAGCUGGAUCUGCAGAAACUGCCGUCUGACCAAAAAAGGACUUCUGCCGGGAUCUGCCGGGCUGCAGCAUCACAGACUACAAACGCUCCAAACUUCCCACGGAAAGCUGGAGUUUCCUUCCACAGCGCGCCGCCCGCCGACGGCGACUUCCUGGAUGACGACCUGGACGCCUUCUUCCUGUCAGAGCCGGUCUGGGACGACCUGGCGGACGAUGAGCUGCUGUGUGAAAUGUGUGAGGACCUGGAGAGCCAGAUCCAGGGCGUGGCUGAAAAACGGGCUCCUCUGAUUGGUCAGAUUCCCAACCAGAGCGCAGCUCUGCGGCCGACUGGCAGAACCGGACGGGACGACAGGAUCCUGCAGCCGGAAGCUCCUCCCCCCAUAGGUACGGGCAAAGCAGCCGGCGGCUCAUUGGCCGGUGGUUCUGCCUCCAGCGUCGCCGUAAAGGUGAACGAGAGCAGGCGGGUGCAGUGGACCGCCACGCUGCAGAGAGCGCCGCAGCAACACGCCAUCAAAGACCAAUUCGCCUUCAAGAGGCCGACCGACCCGGUGUCCACGGCGACCGACGACGUUCGGGGGAAAUGUUCGCCCGCGGAGAUCGAGCGGAAGAAGCAGCAGGCGAUGGAGAGGAGACGGCAGCGACUGCAGGCUGCUCAGAGCCUCCGAGAUGUGACGUGACCGACCCGCGGGGAUGAAAGCUGGCGGACACGUGGGCAGCAGCUGCUGCUCUGAUUGGUCCGCCGAGGGUGACUGAUGGUCUCUGUGUUGGUGUGUAGCUGACGUCACUGCGUGUGUUUCUAAUUGUUUCUGUAUUUUUGGUUCACAGUAAAAUAUCUGACGAACUUUGGCGUCCGAUGUAAAACUAAAGGUUUCAAAAGGAUGUAGCUUAUCUGCACGCCAGAGCGUGAGGCUCGCGCUGCAUCACAGCGCCGCCGGGCUUCUCGCGCUCGCCGUGUUUUUACCUGCGCAGGAAAACAUCGUGUGGACUAUCGUUAUCACAGACCCGGAGAGGACUGAAACCAUCCGGCUCAUUUCUACCUGCUGAACUCUAAGUCGGACUCACACCUGAGCAGGUGAUGCUCAGGUGGAGGCCCGAGGCUCAGCUUCCUCCUCCACCUCUGAAUGCUAACAGACGGAUGAACAGCCAGCAGCUAUGAAACAGCAGGAAGUGACACGCGAGGGGAAGUAAUCCCCACAGACUGUCUGGGGAAGCCGACCGGAGAGUCUUCAAACGCCGGGAGUUUAGUUCCCUCGACUUCAGCUUUUAACAUUUGUUCACAUUUUAUUGAAACAUUUUCCUUCGCAGACGGACCGACGUGUGCGCUGCAGGUUUGAGAUUAAACUGGGGUCCAUUUUUAACGUUCCUGUUUCUGUGUGAGCUCUGCUCUGUUCAGAUCUGAAUCUGUUCAAGUGCAAAACAAUAAAAAUAACAAAAUAAA